CCCUUUUUCCGGCACAUAACCGGUCUCCCUCAGUGGGCGGGGCUAAGGCCGUGUUUGUGGGGGGAGCUCGUGACGAAGCCAUAAGUGUGGCCGCUAUGUGGAUCAGAUCAGCAGUGUUGAUUGGUGUGGUCGGGAGUAGAGGACUGGUGAGAAGCAUGUGUGCAAAGGCAGAGGAUUGGCAAAGUGCCAAGACCAUGUAUGAGUUUUCAGCAAAGGACAUUGAUGGGAAUGAAGUGUCUCUGGAGAAAUACAGAGGAAACGUUUGCAUCAUUGUAAAUGUAGCGUCUAAAUGAGGAAAGACCAAGGUAAACUACACUCAGCUUGCGGAAAUGCACGCCUCCUACGCUGAGAAUGGUUUAAGCAUUCUGGCCUUUCCAUGCAACCAAUUUGGAGGGCAGGAGCCUGGAACUGAUGCCGAGAUUAAGGAGUUUGCCAACUCGUACAAAGCUGAAUUUCCUCUUUUCAGUAAGAUUGAGGUCAAUGGCGAGGGUGCUCACCCUCUAUGGAAGUGGAUGAAGGCACAGCCCAAAGGAAAGGGAACUCUGGGAAACAACAUUAAAUGGAACUUCACAAAGUUUCUCAUCAACAGAGAAGGACAGGUGGUGAAGAGAUAUGGCCCAACAGAUGAUCCUUAUGCUGUGAAGAAGGACUUGCCCACUUACCUGUAACACCGCCUUCUGUUUGACUCCUGACCCUUCACAUGGACGAGAGGUCGGUCUGUGUGUGCGUCUGGACCAAUGACGGCCCUGUCUGCAAACCCCUCAUAGGGGAGGGCAGAGCCUGAUGAUCCCCGCGUGCAACUUAUCUCCAGAGCGCACACAAACCAAACCUUCUAUGACCAUGUGAGGGGGGACUUGCUAGCUAGAAUUUACAGUUCAUAAUAUUUUCUAAACUGAGAAGACAUUCCUCUAUGUCAUUUCUUUCUGUUCUUCCCUUACACAAAUGCCAGCUAACACUGAUUCUAAAUGAUUUAAUUGUCACUGUUUAAUGCCAAAACAAUAAUGUCAUAAACUGGAUGGAUCUUUGCAAAAAUUGUUGGUUGGUUGUAUCAGUAAAAUGGCUGACUACAACCAACAACUUGAAUUGUGGAAAUAAAGACCAUCUUGCAAAUAUAUUUCUCUCUUAUUUAUCCGUAUAAGUCUUAAAGCUGUAUGACCACACUUAUUUUAGGUCGGACAUCUUAGAAAUUC